AUGAAGCGAAACUGUGAGUUGGAGCUUGGCCUUCAACCUCGUACUAAUCGUCCUGGCAAUUCAAUUGAUGAGCCUUUGGACAUCACAGAACAACACCAUCCUCCCCAGAUUCUUCACAGUGGACGCCACUGCUUCAUCGAUGUUACUGAGUUUCAGGCAAGAGUGAUAAUAUGGCUGGCAAGUAGGGGAAUGGAGGGAUCAGGUACAGGAGCAGGAACAUCAUCAUUUUGGGUGCAAUCUCAAGCGUUGAUGAGUGGAGGAGGUUGUGUUCAUGGAGGAGGCCUCUCUCUCAAGAAAUCUCUUCACAGUUUUCUGCAGAAGAGAAAGAAAAGGUUACAACAACAACAACAGACAAAGUCACAAUGUGAUGACUGUGAAUAA